UGGACGCGGCCGCCUGCCUCCCGCCCUCGGCGCCCGCUGUCACCUGCCGCCCGCAGAAGAGGCGCCUCGCGCCCAGCGCCGCCUCGCUCGCCUCCCGCGCCCGGGCGGGCGGCCGGCUGGCCGCUCUCCUCCGCCGCCUGCCCGGCCGGAGCCUCCCCAAAAGAGCUGCUGGAUGUACAAGGAAAGUAGGUCAUUGAUGUAGAAAAUGCCUCUAAGGGAUAAGUGUUGUCAGACAGACCACCAUCACCAUGGGUGCUGUGAACCAGUGCAUAUGUUGGAGGCUGGGGAUCCGCCUUUAUUGCAGCAGCCUCUUCAAACAUCAAAAUCUGGCAUUCAACAAAUUAUUGAGUGUUUUCGGUCAGGCACUAAACAGCUUAAACAUAUUUUGCUGAAAGAUGUGGACACCAUAUUUGAAUGUAAAUUAUGCCGCAGUCUCUUCAGAGGACUACCAAAUUUAAUCACUCAUAAAAAGUUCUAUUGUCCUCCAAGUCUCCGGAUGGAUGACAACUCUCCUGAUGUAAAUGAUAAACAAAGUCAAGCCAUAACGGAUCUGUUGGAAGCCAUGUAUCCAAAAGUGGACAAGCAGGAUUAUAUAAUCCGACUAGAGCCUAUAGAAACAAACAGAAAUGCUGUGUUUCAACACGUUUCAAAGGCUGACAGCGCCAUUGAGAACAUUGAAAUGAACGUCACUCCUGUUCAAGUCCCAGCGGAAAUGCCAGAGCCCAGCGUAGAACCACCCAGAGCAGUUCCAGCUCCUUCAGAAGUAGAAACUGUGGAGAUUACUCCUGCUGCUGCGAAGAAUGUAAUAUCGACUCCGGAAGAACCAUCCCCAUCCUCAAAACCUGAGUCGGAGGGCGAUAAUUCCAGUUCUGGUCACCAGUUAAUUUGUUGUCUCUGUAAAAAAGAAUUUCAUUCCAGACGCAGUGUUCGUCGUCACAUUAGAAAAGUUCACCAAAAAAAAAUGGAAGAACUGAAGAAAUUUAUUGAAAUUAAAAAAAAGCCAAAUAAGACUGCUGGAAUGGGACGCAAUAAGAAUGUCCUUGUAACACUGGGCAGAAGUUGUCCUGUAUGUUUUAAAUCCUUUGCUACAAAAGCCAACGUAAGAAGGCAUUUUGAUGAAGUUCACAGGGGACUGAGGAGAGAUUCUAUUACUCCUGCUAUAGCUACAAAACCUGGUCAACCUUUAUCCUUGGACAUGAGUUCUAAAAAAACGCUUAAGUCUCCCAAACAGAAGUCUUCUUCAAAGGCAGAAUACAAUUUAACGGCCUGCAAAUGUCUCUUGUGCAAGAGAAAAUAUAGCUCCCAAGUAAUGCUUAAAAGACACAUGCAGAUUGUUCACAAGAUAACUCUUUCUACAAAAAGUACUAAAAGAGAAAAAAAGGCCAGUAGUACUGUUAACACUGAUGUGAAAGUUAAAACGGAGCCAACAGAUUCCGCAGAAUCCACGCCUCCCAUUUUCGCUUCUGCUCAAAAUGAAGUGAAGGGAGCAAAUCUUUCAAAUGAGAGAAAGAACGCUUCCUCUGCUGAGCGAAAGAACGCUUCCUCUGCUGAGCGAAAGAACGCUUCCUCUGCUGAGCGAAAGAACGCUUCCUCUGCCGAGAGAAGGAAUGCAGGACCCACUGAAAGAAAGAAUACAGCAUCAACUGAAAGAAAAAAUGCAUCAUCUGCUGAGCGAAAGAACGUACCAUCGACUGAAAGAAAGAAUGCGUCAUCCACUCAGAAAAACAAAGUUAAGCCGGGCUCAGAAAAUUCAAAAUCCGCUAAUCAGUCUAUUGUGGGAGGUCCCAAAAAAUCCAGGAAACCAAGACUUUCAGCUGGCUUUGAUUUCAAGAAGCUUUAUUGUAAACUCUGUAAACGUCAGUUUACUUCUAGACAGAAUCUAACAAAACACAUUGAGUUGCACACAGAUGGGAAUAACAUAUAUGUUAAAUUCUACAGGUGUCCCCUCUGCACUUACGAAACACGCCGAAAGCGUGAUGUGAUAAGACACAUAACGGUAGUACAUAAAAAGUCUUCACGUUACCUUGGCAAAAUAACUGCAAGCUUGGAAAUCAGAGCGAUAAAAAAGCCCAUUGACUGUGUUCUAAACAAGGUAACGAAAAGAGGCCCUCAGAGGGACGAAGGAAAACAAAAUGGUUCAAAACAAGACGUCGCCUCCAAUUCACCCAGUAAGAAGUAUGAAGGAGCUGACGUGGGCAUUGAAGUGAAAGUUACAAAAAACUUUUCUCUGCACAGAUGCAAUAAAUGUGGAAAAGCAUUUGCCAAAAAGACUUUCCUAGAACAUCAUAAGAAGACUCAUAAGGCAAAUGCAUCACGCUCGCCAGAAGAAAACAACAAAACCAAAGGGAGAAAUACGAGAUCUAAAGCUCUCGUUUGGUGAGGGACAGCUUGUGCCUUCUUAAGUGUUUGCCUAAAUUUUCCAGUGGUACUCCUCGCUCAGAGAUAACUUUUCUGCAUAAACUGAUGCUGUUGGAGAUACAAAAAUACCGCAUUUAAUCUUUUCAGCCAGUUUUUUUUUUCUAUAGCAUGAAACAAAGAGUUCGUUUCUGAACUUCCUUCAUUCUGGACACUGCUGCCCAGUACGCUUUUAUUUGUUCAGGGUUAGUCUUUCAAAGUUUAAUAUUCCGUAUCAAAUUCUAUUGGUCUAAUACUUAGCAGUAGGUAUCGUAGUUCCAAAGGUUUUUGAAAAUUAACUUUGCACUUCUUUGGUACUACCCAGGCUAGAGGAAAGUCUCUUUGUGGGCUGGAUAUGACCUGUGGGUGCUGUAUUACCCAAGUCUGGUUUCAUAGAUUAGCAAACAUUUGGGGGGAGAGUUUUCACAGAAAUGCUAAAAUGCUCUCAACAAUUAUAAAAUGAUGGUAUGUAAAAAUCAAACUUGGUUUUGAAUGGUAGUGGCAAUUGAUGGCAACACCUUUUUGCAUUCUAAAGCUGGAGUUUACAAGACUGGCUGACGCAAGGUGCCAGUCUUGUAAAACCCCAGCUUUAAUCUGAGCAAGUUUUGUUUCUGUUUGGCGCCUAUAUUUGAACUUUUAACCAUGAUGUUUGUUCCACAGAGACUAUUUAAGGAAAAAAGUGUUUCAGAUAUUCUACAACUCCAUUUUAUGCAAUGGAAAUAAAUAGGAAAUACGGAAUAUCAGUCUAACGUUAUAUUUUUGAUGCAGAAUAUUUUGGGGCAACUGGUAGUUAAUGAAAAAAUAGUUUUUUAAAAACAAAAUUAACUGCUUUAUACAAAGAUUGUUAAUCUUUUAACACAUUUUUAAGAACACGUGUCUGUUGAUAUUCUUUGUUUAGUUCCAGAGUUAACUUUAUCUGAAGGUAGCUUCCCACAGUUAACCACUUCUAGAUUGUGGUUUUAAUGUGAAAGGAUUAUAUGUAGAGUAGCUCUCAGCUGUUCAGAAAUCACCUUCAGCUUGUAUAUGUUUGUUGUUUUUAAAGGCAAUAUCAUAAUGAGAUGUGUCAUUACCAAAACCACAAUUAACUAAAUUUCUUGUGGCUUUGCGUGGUAAGCUUUAAAUGCUGCCCGCUGUUCAAACCUCUUUUUUUUAUUGAGUAGGAGUUAUAAAUAUGUCUCCUUUGUAACAUCAAAUGAUGUGUGGUAAAUUUGGAAUUAGAACCACUGCUGUCUUGAAUAGUGCUAUAAGAAGAAUAUUUUUGUAAGCUAUUUUCUUACUGAAUGUUUUGACUGUAAUGGCAAUGCCUUGUCCUAUGUUUUCAACAGCAAUUAAACUGCAUUAGACCAUUACCUUUGAACCAAGAGCCAGCUGCUCUAGUUCAUGCAGUUCAGUAGUGCUGAUAAUAGGAAACAUUUUAAAAAGGGAAAUUUUACAAACAUUUUUGGAAGACUUAUUUUUUUAGGAAAUUAUCAUUUGAAAUCUUGUGUUCCAUAGAUGUGGUCCCUACUUAAUGCUGAUCUCGCUGAGCAUAUUUUUAUGUUUGUUGUGAUAAACUACUAAGCAAACACUUGCUGUGUUAUGUACUUUUAAAAAUAUUUUUUUAUAAAUGAAUGUAUAUGAGCAAACAGUUUGUUAGUGUCAUUUGAAUGAAUUGUAAUUGAAUUGUAAUAAUUCUAGCAUUUGCUCUAAUUUCAGUUCAUGGUUGACUAAUCUGUUUGGUGUAUUGAGUUUGACUGUACUGAACUUGCUGCAAAGAUCCCUAGUAAUUUUUGCAUGCCUAGCAUAUUGGACAGUCUUUCAUACGGAAGUUUACAAGCCGCCCACAUUCCCCUAUUUUAAUUGUUUUUAAAUUUUUAUACACAAGCACUUUAAUAGUUGCAGCUUAAAAAAAAUCAGUAAUUAUUUUGAGAAAACAACACACUAACGUUCAUGUGGAAGUAGUCCUCGGUUUAUGUAGACUGUUCAUACACAACCAUUUGUGUGGUUUCUUAAAUAUUGCUUAAAAAGAAUAUAGUGCAAGGUUUAUUUUCUUUUUGCCCUUAAGAUGUUGAAUGACCACUGUAGGUAGCACUUGACAUUCACUGUAAAGUUUGUAAAAGGCUUGCUUAUUCCUGUCUAUUUUAUAAUCAGUUUGAUAGCAAAAACAGUAUACCUGCCAUGAUGACAUUUUUGGCAGGUUUCUGCACAAUUUUUUUUUUAAUUUUUAGAAAACUUUUAGUGAUUUGUGUCAAAUUGCCACAAUUUAAGAGGUACUGUACAUCUGAAGAACUGCCGUUUUUUAAAUAAAAAAUGGGGUUGCCUCCCUUGCUUAGGGAAAUACCUUGUGUCCAUAUAUCCUUUUUGUAUAAAAUAUAUCUAAAAUGAUCAUAAAUAAAAUAUUCUUCUAUGGAUAGAUAAGUGUUUGGCCUUUUAGUGCAUUGCACUAAAAAAACUGUGAAUGGAAAAUAGACUGUAACUGUUGCUGGAAAUGUUCUAUGUUGAAUGUACAUGGUUCUUGGAUAAAUGUACUUUAUUUGGAAAUAAAAGCAGACUG